AUGUUGCCUCAGAACAACAGGCAAAACGCCUACUUUGGUCUCUACCCCCAACCAGCACAGAUGGGCGCCUACACCGUCAUGCCCCACGGCUUAUAUCCUGCGCAAGCUCCCACCCUCUACAGCAAUGGCCCUGCAGUGAUGACGCCCACUGGUUCCCCACGACCUGCUACACAGAAGCCCACAGUUCUGCUGGAUACUGACUUCGACAACACCUACUACCCGUCCACACCGCCCUUGUCGACCUCGGGCAGCACUGUUGGCAGCCCCAAGAGCUUCGAUGCCCUUCAGACCCCCAUGAACCCCAUGUUCUCGGGCAUCGAUGAGUCUGAGAUGGUCAAGGAGAAGCUCGAGCCCAUCGACCUGACUAUUCUGGACUGGUCAAGCUGCGGGUCUCCCCCAAUGACACCUGUCUACCUGGAGUCUCACCUUGGCAAAACUCCCCUCAACGUCUCUGCCAGCUCUGUUCCCACUGGUGCCUGCCCCUCGCUGUCGCCCUCACCUGCACCAUAUGCUCGCUCUGUAACCUCUGAGCUUGACAUUGAUUUCUGUGACCCUCGCAACCUGACUGUGUCUGCCGCCACUGUCAACUCUACCUUGGCCCCAGAGGCUCCCGUCACCACAACUCUGGCCGACGAUCUGAUCCGUCGUGAGCAGAUCAAGCCUGUCACCUCGCAGCCAGCAUUUGAUUUCAACCCGGAUAUUCCUGACGGUCUUCCCUCAUUCGAGGAGCUUUCCUACAUUGAGUCUGAGGAAGACUUUGUCAACAGCUUGGUUCACUUGAGCGGCCAAGAGACAAUCGACACUGGCCGACCUCGCGCCUGCACUGGAUCGUCAGUGGUUUCUCUCGGUCACGGCAGCUUCAUUGGUGAUGAUCUCAGCUUUGAAGACGACAACUUCCAGUUCCCUGCUCUGCCCAGCCCACCCUCUUCCGCAAACGUCUCCUUUGACGAGGACAGCCACCGCGACAAGCGUGCCAGGAAGACCAGCAGCAGCGAAACCGUCCCCGCCAUUCCCAUCAUGACUGCUGCUGCCACUGAAUCCCAGUCUAGCACUGAGCAGCCAUCUACUCCCAUCAAGGAUGACGACAUGGCUUCAGAUGAGAGCAACAACUCAUCCGGCUCCGAUGAUGCUGCUCCCGCUCCCGCUCCUGCCAACCGCCGUGGCCGCAAGCAGUCUCUGACUGAGGACCCUUCAAAGACCUUUGUUUGUGAUCUCUGCAAUAGGCGAUUCCGUCGCCAGGAGCAUCUUAAGCGUCACUAUCGAUCUCUGCACACCCAGGAGAAACCCUUUGAGUGCAAUGAGUGCGGCAAGAAGUUCUCCAGGAGCGACAACCUCGCGCAGCACGCUCGCACUCACGGGAGCGGUGCCAUUGUCAUGAACCUUGUCGAGGAGGGCGAGGUCUCUGCCUUCGAUGCCGGUGUGAUGCCUGCACCUGGGGCCGAAGACUACUCGCAAUACGGCAAGGUUCUCUUCCAGAUCGCCUCCGAGGUUCCCGGAAGCUCCAGCGAUCUCUCCUCCGAGGAGGGCGACAGCAAGAAGAAGCGCAAGCGUGCCGAUUAA